AUGGAUUGCCAAGAGGCCACUGGGAGGGCCAUCGGGGCCGUUGGUCCAGUUCUCAAAGGCCGCCAAGGCCACCAGAAGGCCCCCAGGUCCGGGAGGGCCGCAGGAAGGCCGCCAUGGUCGUCCAAAGAUGUCUCCGCGGCCAAGGGAAAACCACCGGCUGUUAAAGAGACCGCCGGUCGCUGGAAGGACCACCCGCGGGUCGUCGGGGCCACCAGCGAGGCACCCAAGGUCACCAGCGAGGCCGCCGCCGAAGCCGCCGCCACCGCUGCCAAAGCUGCCGAGGCCGCCGCCAAGGCCACCGCCGCUGAAGCCGGACAAGCCACUUCAGAACCAGCCAACUUUUGCUCCUCAGCUCCCUGCCAGAACGGAGGAACCUGCAGAGACCUGGAAGGUGGCUACCAAUGUUUGUGUGCCCACAGUCCCCUAGCUUACGUGGGAAGACACUGUGAGUUGCUAGCUGAGCCGUGUGAUGGACACCCUUGUCCACCUGAGUGGAGUUGCAGUGGCACACCUGGAUACCUGAAUUACACUUGCCACUGUGGGUCCGGUUUGGCAGAGGUCUCUUGCAGAUCCCAAGAGGAUGAGUGCAAGACUAACCCUUGUCCUCAGCCUGGCUUUGAGUGUGUCAACCUCCAGGAUGGGUAUGGCUGUCACUGCCCAAGUGCAAACAUCUGUCCAUCAAGGUCUUCCAUUUGUUCAAGUCAACUUUGCAACAAUGGCACCUGCCUUGAGGAUGGAGGGGCGUACACCUGCCAGUGCCCGCCGGGACUCACUGGUGCCCACUGCGAGGGGGAGGUAGACGAGUGUGCCUCCAACCCCUGUCAGAACGGAGCCAUCUGCCUCGACCGAGUCAACGAAUACAGUUGCUUUUGCGUGCCGGGAUUUCAGGGCUACCGCUGCGAAAUUGACAUCAACGAAUGCGCCUCCCAACCUUGUCAACACAACGGCACCUGCCACAACCAGAUAGACCAUUACGUCUGCCAGUGUCUGCCUGGCUACACAGGUGUGAACUGCGAUGUGGAGGUCAACGAGUGUGAAUCGAGUCCCUGUUGGCACGGUGGCACCUGUUCUGACCAUAUUGGGUUCUUCAUCUGUUCCUGCCUGCCGGGCUACGAAGGAACCCAGUGCGAAGUGGAUAUUGAUGAAUGCCACAGCCAGCCUUGUCUGAACGGAGCCAUCUGCCAGGACUUGGUCAACAGCUACCAGUGUGACUGUCACAACACUGGCUUUGAAGGACAACAUUGUGAGUCGGACAUCUUGGAGUGUGCUUCACAACCUUGUCAGAAUGGGGCCCCUUGCUUGGAAGGAGCUGGAUUUUACAACUGUUCUUGCUGGCCAGGGUACGUAGGAACACACUGCGAAGAAGACCUAAACGAGUGUUCAACACACCCGUGUCUCAACGAUGGAGAAUGCCUCGAACGGUCCAAUCAGAGCUACUACGGGAGACACAUGGAUUUCCCCGAGCAAUUUAGCUACCGAGCAGCUGCUGGUUUCAUCUGCAGUUGUCAUCCUGGUUUUGAGGGCGAAACCUGCUCCAUCAACACAGAUGAAUGCGAAUCUCAGCCGUGUCAAAACGGAGGAAGCUGCCUGGACUUGGUGAACAGCUACCGGUGUGACUGCUUACCUGGAUAUUCAGGGACCGAGUGUGCCAAUGAGAUAGACGAAUGCCAAGACCACCCUUGUGAAAACGGAGGGAUCUGUGAAGACAGCAUCGCCGACUAUAUCUGCCAUUGCACCCGCAACCCAGAUGGCACAGCCUGGGGCGGGAAGAACUGCUCUGUGGAGCUCACUGGCUGCGAGACUCACAACUGCCAAAAUGGGGCGUUGUGUGUCCCCACCUUCCAAUCGGAGGUCCACGGCUACCUGUGCCAGUGUCCUCCUGGAUUUUAUGGGCCCACCUGCUCCACACCAACCACCUUCUCGCUCACAGACAAUGGCUACCUCUUAAUCAACACCUCUGCAGAUGGUAAGAACACAAGUGGUCAUGGAGCCAGCGUGGCUCUCCAGUUCCGGACCACCCUGCUCAACGGCCUCCUUUUCUACCGAGGCCACCAAACGGAGCAUCUGCUUCUGGAACUCUACGCUGGCCUUCUACAGGUGAUGCUCUUGACCCAGGAGGUCAAUGUCUCUUUCACCCUGGAGGCACCGUCGGUGAAUGAUGGCCACUGGCACAAAGCAGAAGUCUCUGUGGAAGAGUCUCUAGAAUUCAGACUGUGGCAUGAAGCUUGCCAAGGAGGCCUCUGCCACUUCAGCCAUCCCCUUGGCGAGACCAGCCCCGUUUCUCUUUUGCCCUCGUUUCUGAAUAUAUAUGUUGGAGGUGUUGAGGAGACAUUAAUGAUCAACUGCACAGGACACUUCACUGGUUGCCUGGAAGACUUCCAGAUUGACUCCAAGAUAUUCUUACCUGAGGAGGUAGAAGGGCUACAGCUUCCUGGAUUUCAGCUGGGCUGCGAGAGAACGGAGUGGUGUCAAUCUCAGCCUUGUUCCCACGGUGGUCAGUGCAUUGACUUCUGGACAGACUUCCGUUGUCGCUGUUCUCGGCCUUAUGAAGGCCACACUUGCGCCUAUGAAUCUCCUGCAGCAACAUUUGGCCAGGACAAUUCUUCUAGCUUUGCCACCUUUGAGGUUCCCGACAGACUUGGGCCAAAUUUUAACCUCUCUUUUUUUAUCCGGACACGGAAGGUCAGUGGCCUCAUAUUCCAGAUCGGCAACGGAAGCAAUGUUUUCCUUACAGUAUAUUUGAAGGACGGGAAGCUCCAGAUCGAGGCACCAUCUGCUGCUUCAGUGGGAUCUUCUGGAAAUCUGGCCGAUGGCACCAGGCACUUUGUGGUGCUCUCCUUCCGGGAAGGCCUCAUUCGGACCAGCCUGUUAAACAGAGAAGAAGAGCUGGGAGAUCUGGCCGUCAGCCUUCUUGCCGCCAAUUUUGAGGUUCAUGUCGGUGGGCUCCCCCACCAAGAAAACCUGGACCCCUGGGGAGGACCUUUUAAAGGCUGCCUGCAGGAUAUCCAACUCAACCACCGCCAGAUGCAGUUUUUCCCUCCUCCAGAUAACGACAGCCUUUCACGGGACGCGUUUGUGGGACGAAACCAGAACGUGGUUCCAGAAUGCCUGUCAGAUAAUGCCUGCAAGUCUUCUCCUUGCCUCAACAGUGGUCUCUGUACGGUCACCUGGAAUGACUUUAACUGCAGUUGCCCACCCAACUUUACCGGAAAAUGUUGUGAGGAGAAAGUCUGGUGCCAAAGUGAUUUGUGUCCCCCGCCUACCACUUGUGUGGAUGUCCCCUCUGGUUAUAUUUGUCUGGCCAAUGCCACAUUUGAUGAGCGUGACGCAGUUGAAUUCACAGCAAAUAUGUCAGUCACCAAAGCUCUUCACGGCCUCCGCCUGGACUUCAGAACGCGGGACGCCGACGCCGUCUUGAUACAAGCCGUAGAGGAAGUAGAUUCUCUUCUGGUGGCUAUUCAAAACUCUUCGCUCCUGGUUGAAAUCCGGAGUGGGAAUGGCGUCGAGGGAGUAAACUUUCUCAGGCCGAUGCCCAUCUCUGAUGGCUCCUGGCACACCCUCUUUUUGACCAUGGAAGAGCCCUCAGCCUAUUCAUCAAGGUGGCACCUCCAACUGGACAAUUCCACCAACACAACUCUCCUGGGAAAUGCGGGCAGCCUGGAUUUCUUAAAAAGCAACACGUUGAUUGUCUUGGCUGAAAACUUCACGGGCUGCCUUGGACAUGUAGACAUUGGGGGGCUGAUUUUGCCCCUGGCCAGCCACCCUCUUUACCCACAGCCGGAACAAUUCGUGCAAGUGACCAGCAAGCCCAUCCUUCUGGGCUGCCAAGGAGCAGACAUCUGUUCUUCCAAUCCCUGUCAUCAUGCAGGCUCCUGCUUGGACCUCUUCAAUGCCUUCAGUUGUGCCUGCCAGCCUGAGUGGGAAGGGCCACUGUGUGAGACCAACACGGAUGACUGCAAAUCCAGCCCGUGUCUUCACGGGGAGUGUGUGGACCUAGUGGGAGACUUCCAGUGCACCUGUCAUAAGGGUUUCAUUGGGAAGCGUUGCCACAUCAAUGUAGAUGACUGUGUGAGGCACCAGUGCCAGAACGGAGGGGUAUGUGUGGACGAAGUCUACAGCUACACCUGCAAAUGCCCGCCAGAAUACUCUGGCCCUCUGUGCGAGUGGCCCUUCCCCCGUGAACAAUGUGGCAAGAACUUCACCUGCUUGAACGGUGGAAAAUGUAUGAGUGGCCCCUGGGGAGCCAACUGCAGCUGCAAGACCGGCUACACGGGGGAGAAGUGCCAGAUCAACAUCAGUGACUGUGACCCCAACCCUUGCAAAAACGGGGGGACGUGUCAGCGCUCCACGAAUCGGUUCUGGUGUAUAUGCGGUGCCAACUACGCUGGAGAAUAUUGUGAUGUUAGCAGAGGGGGUCUCCCAGGCCCUACCUUCCCAUUCCCCUUGGUUGAAGUGGCGGUGCCGGUCGUCUGCAGCUGCUUGUUUCUUCUCAUCAUCAUCCUUGUCCUGAUGGUCCUCACUGCCCGGAAGAGGCGCCAGUCCGAGGGAACCUACAGCCCGAGCCAACAGGAAGUGGCCGGAGCUCGCCUGGAGAUGGACAGUGUACUCAAAGUCCCACCAGAAGAACGUUUAAUAUAA